AUGUCCGCAAAUAUUCCCGCCUGGAAGCGAUUGGGCCUCAAGCUCAAGCAGCCCGCAUCCGGCUCAGAGACUGGCGGCCCUGCCACCACCGAGGGAUCGAGGCCCAACGGUCAGCGAUACCACAACGACCGGGACGCCAACGGCCCCGUCAACGCGGCGAGCGCCGCCGCUGCCAAAAGGAAACGUCCCGAGAACACAUCAACUCCCCCUGCGUUCAGCUCCCCCCUCAAAAGGACCCGCACCGACGGCCAUGCUGCCACCCCCCCGACCCUGAGGAAGCAGAAGUCCGUCACCUUUGCCGACGACACAAAGAAUCCCGCCGCCGCCGAGCCGACAAAGACCGGCGACGCCGCCAGCGCUAAGAAGAAGAGCAAAAAGGCUGCCAAGCCUGCAACUCAGCAGCAGCAGGCCGACAUCAGGCCCUCCCUCGACUACCUGAGAAACUGGAAGUCAUCCCGCGAGACGUGGAAGUUCAACAAGAACUACCAGACCAUUCUCAUGAAGCGAGUCUUCCAGCCCGACUCGAUCCCGUCGAGCGACAUCAAUACCUUCUACGACUACAUCCAAGACUUGAAGGGCUUCACAAGGACACGGUUGAGGGAGACGGCGGCGGAGGUCAAGCAGGAGGACGCCGCCAAGGGCAAGGCCGGCUUCCCUGAAGGCACUCCAGACAUGGACACGAAGCAAUCCGAGUACGAGAAGGUGCUUGCCGGCCUGAUGCAGCUCGGCUCUGGAGGCAGCGGCAAGAGGAAGCGCUUCGAUGAGAGCGGCUUCGUGUCGCAGUCCACCGACGUCGCCAUCACGCAGCGGGUGAUCAAGCGCAUGCGCGCCGAGACGAUUCUGGAGGAGCUGUCGGAGAGCGAGGACAGCGAUGCCAUGACCAUUGAUACGGAGGAGACCCCCUCCACCUCGCAGGCGGCCGCCCAGGAAGAGACCGUCGACAAGAGAGUGAAGCUCAAUGACGGAACGAAGCAGAAUGCUCCUCGUCGCCGCAAGCAGCGCACGGCAAACAUGGACGACACCAGCUCGGACGAGUCCUCUGACUCCGACUCCGACUCGAGCAGCGACAGCGACGAUUCGGAUGACUCCGACAACGAGUCCGAGAUUCAGCGCCAGGCUGCCCAGCGGGACGCCGAGACCUCGAGCAGCUCCUCAUCAUCAUCCGAGGAGGAGGACUCAGACGAUAGCAGCGACGACGACUCUUCGGAAGAAGAAGGUAACACGAAGAAGUCCGCUGGCAAGAAGAGGUAA